AUGUGUGGUCGAUACGCUUUGGGUGUGCGCUUAGCAUACGUCCAGCAUCGCCUGCAAGAGCAAGGCAUGCCAGUAGAUGAAGCACCAGAUGAUGAUGCAGUGAGAGAGACAUACAACUUUGCGCCGGGCAAUUUUGGCGCCGUCUACCGCGCUGAUAUAUCUGAGAAAGGGCACUCCCAUGCUACACAAGGCGCUGAUACUGAGCACCAAACCCGAGAUCAAGAAAACGAGAAGGAUGCCGUUAGCUCAAAGGCUAAUGCACAAGGCGAUAAAGUUGUCAAAUACAAGCUCCAGAGCAUGAAAUGGGGUCUCGUCCCGUUCUGGACAAAGCGACAGCCCGACUACGGAUCCACAAUGCGCACAAUCAACUGCCGUGAUGAUUCGCUGAUCGAGGAUUCCGGGAUGUGGACUACCAUGAAACGACGAAAGAGAUGCAUUGUGGUUUGUCAGGGGUUUUACGAGUGGUUGAAGAAGGGACCGGGGGGUAAAGAGAAGAUUCCACACUUUGUCCGCCGUAAAGAUGGGGAGCUGAUGUGCUUCGCUGGGUUAUGGGAUUGUGUUUCUUAUGAAGGUUCUGACGACAAGCUCUACACGUAUACGAUCAUCACGACCUCUUCCAACUCCUACUUGAAGUUCCUACAUGACCGUAUGCCAGUCAUUCUAGACGCAGGGUCUGAGGAAAUGAAGAACUGGUUGGAUCCAAAGCAAAAGACCUGGUCAAAGGAGCUCCAAUCUAUUCUCAAGCCAUACGAGGGUGAAUUGGAGUGCUACCCGGUCCCCAAGGAAGUUGGUAAAGUUGGGAAUAAUUCGCCGAACUUCAUUGUCCCUGUUGACAGCAAAGAGAACAAGAGCAACAUUGCGAACUUCUUUGCCAACGCGAGGAAGGACAAAUCGGACUCUCCCAAGCGGGAGCCUGUAUCGCCAAAGGUGGAAAUCGCUGGAGAUGAGCGGCCAACCAAGGAUGCGGAAUGGAGUGAGGACAAUGCUCCGAAGCCGACGCCAGCUGUUAAAAGGGAGCAUAGUCCAGAUAUUCCUAAUACCAAGGAGGAAAGCAAAAAGCAGAAGGUUGAUCCAGCUCCAGAGGAGCCAUCUCCGCAGAAGAAGAAGUUGCGCAGUGCCACUCAUAAUACCCCCAUGAAGAAGUCCAGUGGCUCGAACGCGACAGCUGGGUCGCAGCGAAUUACUAGCUUCUUCAAAAAUGAUGUUACAUACGAGGACAGGAAACAAAAAUAA